AUGGCUGGACCUUCAGAGGUGUACGAUCUCAUCAUCCUCGUGGAUGCCACAGCUUCCAUGGGUAGCUACUUGACUUCACUGCAAACCUCCCUCCCACAAAUCAUAUCAAUAUCAGCUCUGACUGGCUCCUUCUCACGCAUCGGCCUCCUUGCCUACCGGGACUACUGCGACAGUAACUUGAUCGAAUGGUCGGGAUGGAUGCCUCAAGAUGCAGUGUGGGAUGAUAAGCCAUCCGUGGAUUUGCUUGCGGCCGCCAAGACUCUCUCAGCAACUGGUGGUGGAGACUAUCCAGAGGCAACUAAAACCGGCCUGGCGAAAGCCUACGAAGUCAUGAGAGAAGAUGCAACGACAGUGAUUUUACUCUAUACCGAUGCCCCUCCACACACCGUAGCUGGCAGUGGCUCGGUAAACCAUAGGUCAGAACAGCGAGCCCUCGAGCAACCAGACUCGUAUGGUGGGUUUGGUCCGUUGUUUGCGGAUUGGGUUAGGGGCGCUAGGACGAUGGCCUUGAAGGAAGGGAAGAAGCGAGCACAGGUAUUCUCACUCCUGGAACCGUCUAUGUCCCGAGAUGAUGGCACUUAUUAUACAUUCCUUUCGACUGUAACUGGCGGCGCCUGCUUCUAUCUCGACAAAGCUCAGCCAAAGGAUAUAUCCAAGGUAACUGUGGACCUUUUAUUGGCAUGGAUGGGAGUAGAAAAAGAAGGUGCUGCAGUUACACCAGUCGCUGCAUGGGGAGUGAGGUUCAAAAAUGCCAGUGCGUUGGAGAAUGUAACAAAGGAGUCGGCAAAGGAGGCAGAACCUGGGAGCCGGCCUUCGAAGGGCAGUGAAGAGCUACCCUUGAACUCUGCAUGCCUGAAAGAAUUCCUGCCCAAGAGAGAGAUCCCAGUCCAGGAUUUUGCCCUGCGGUACAAUUCGGAUAAUUCCUACAAGGCUCUAGUUGCUAGUCAACUACAGAAGAUCAUUGAUCAAGAUGUCUCCGCUAUCUCAUUGAACCCGGUAUUCGGCAGCCUUUGGCGAGCAGUUUGCAAUGAUAGGUCUAACGACAACCGUGAGGGGCUGAUCUCCUCCUUCGGCCUUCAGGUUGAUCGUAUAAAGGACGCUGCCUUGAAAGAGAUGAUGACGGGCUGGCUUGCGGAGUCUUACGAUUACUCUGCGGAUGUUGCAGAAGCAAUUGGUUUAGUUCCUGAAUAUGAGCAAUUCCCGUGUGUGUAUCUGGACCCGACUCAUGCUUUUACCCACACCCACGACAAUGAUGACGGCCAGGAGGAAGAAGAUAACCGCCCAAUUACUGAAUUUACACGCGGUGAGCUCCUCGAGAUCAGCCGUUCAUGUGAUUACCGGAUCCUCAGACGCCUUGGGAGGGUCCUAACACGAUUAACCUUUGUCAACACCCGCGAGGAGCUUCCUGCACAUAUUGCCAAUGCUGAAGAUACGGUCACACGGAUCCCAAUGGCGCUUGCCUCCAAAGAGUUCGGCCACAAGUUCUGGAGGAUAUUGUUACAUAUCGUCGUCCCCGGAACUAUGCUGUCUGCUCGCCCAGCAGCUCUGCUUGCUGCCCUCACUAUACGAUUGGGGAUUCAGCCUCUGUCCAAAGCUGCUGGCGCUGAAAUGCUGAUGUGGCGGGAUAAGUGGAACAAUAUCGAGGUCCCUGAAACAUGGAAUGUGAGCUGCCUGUCCUUGCUGCUGGACGCUGAUCGGGCAUACAGUGAUAGGCAUCAAGGUGAAAAGUCUGAAAUCGCCAAAACAAAUCGCAAGGGGCUAUUGCGAGAAACCGAUAAGAAGCUAUUUGAUCGUCUUGUCUCGUACAAGAUGCUAGAACUAAAUCUACAGACAUCACUCGUUGCUAAAGUUGGAUGGAGGCCUGAGAAGACUCCUAUACCAAUUGGGCCUGUUGUUGUUUGCAAAUCAUGCCAAUACCCAAGGUCCGUCACCAUUAUGGGUCCAAAAGGCAAAUGCGGCAAUUGCAUAGCGACCGAUUUCCCAACCCCAGAGGAACGGCAGGCAUGGAUUGAACAUCGUGUGACUAAGGAUGACAAUGAGGCGACAGAGGCAAUAUGGGUUGAAUGCCGCGUUCGAACGUGCCGAGCCCAAUACGUUGUGUAUCACCCUGAGGCGUUGAAUGUCACUCCAAAGUGCCAUUAUUGCCGUCAACAGUCAACCACGGCAGGCGCAAAGACAAAACACGACUCGACUCCUUAUCUCGAGUGCGACCAAUGUCUGAACCGUGUCAUAUUUCCCAAGGAGUAUCGUUCUCACAGCAGCUCUCGAUUUAAGUGUGUCGCCUGUUCAAAUGAUCGCAGCUCUGUCAUUGACGUCGAAACCAACGCAAACGAGCUUUCGAAAGAAAAUGGCACGAACUGGCUACUUGAAAACAAGAAGGAUAAAAUGAAUGAGCCACUCGGUGGCCGCUCUCUCUUCCGUCAGUUAACUGAAGCUGGAAUAGAAGAUUUUUGCGAGAGAGUUAUUCUAUUUCCCAGCCCUGACAAGCAAAAUGUCGUCCUGGACGGGAAGACCAUCCAGAACUAUCCCGACUUGGUCAAACAGUUGGAAUCAUGGGUUUCUCGGAGGCGUACGGAAUCCGGGACCUGUUCCCUGUGCUUCUCAGACCUUCGAAAAGCUGAUUUGAAUUCUGCAUGCGGUAGACGUGGUUGCGACCAAAAAGUAUGUCGGGCCUGCCUAUGUGCGUGGUAUGGUCUCAAUGGCGCUGGCCGUAUCAUCAACAUUGCCGCUCUAAGCUGUCCAUUCUGUAGGCGUGCCCCAACAGCGAAGACACUGCAUGGAUAUGGCAUGGGAAUACAUGCUGUUGGAGACCUGGGACAGGCAGUGCGUAACGCUGGACAGUGGGUUUAUGCUUGGUGUAUGGACUGUGCCAGGGCGAAGCAGUACCUGGAACGUGUAUGUGCUGCGGGCGCUCCCACAGAGCUUAGUAACUUUGUCUGUGACCCCUGCGGGCAGAUUCGCGAGGAAGCUUCCCGGCGAGAGACGGAGGCUCUACAGGCAGAGAUGGCGAGAAUGGAGGUCGAGGGCCGCAGGCUCAAUUAUGAGAGGCGUGUUGAAGUUGAAGCAGCCAUGGAGCGAUCAAGGCUUGAGAGCUUGAUGAUAAAGAAGGUCGGGCAAUUCAAGUGCUGCCCAGGUUGCACGGUCUUGACCGAAAAGUCAUACGGAUGUGGACAUAUGGAUUGUCCUUGUGGGACAACCUGGUGUUGGUUUUGCGGCGAGAAGAGCACUCAGACUGAUAUUUACAGGCACAUGGACAAGCAACAUAAUGGAUGGUUUGCUGGUGAUGAUGAGGACGAUGAGGGCGACGAUGAGUAA